GCGCGAGGACUCCGCCCCUCCCCAACUUGAGGCUGACCGACUUAAAUGUUUUGCACUGAUUCCGUAGCUGCGUGUUAAGCUAUCGCUCCCAGGUUUCGCAGUCCGCCGCGGGAGGACAGCUCGGCGCCCUCGUCCCCGUCCUGGUGCUUGGGUCCGGCCCGGCAGGAUGUCAGUCUAGGAAGAGCCUUCCCGUCCUUGGUCCGUCGCAGGAAAGUUGAAGCGAGUGGCGCACAGUCGCUGUGGCCGCGGGAAUCUGUCGGAACUGCACUCAAAUUCAGCCUUUCGCUUCAAAGUCUGGACCUUUCCAGUGAGGCGGGAGGCUAUGAGUGUGGUGCCAGGCCGAGGCGAGGAGCCACAAGGGAUGUUGUGUGGCUAACACCAGCGCUCGCUGUUCGAGCACGUUUCUCUCCAUUAGAGGACAACACGACGUUUCUGUGAGCAGUUGACGAGCUAGAGCGAGAUGCAAUAUUGAGGUUGCUCAAGUCUCGCCGGGAUUAGGAGCCAUGGAGGGAAACGUUCCGCAGAAAACCAACCCACUGGCCCGGGAGCUGGCUCGGGUCUUCAUCAGCUACAACAAACACUCCACACAGCUGAAGAAGAACCUGAAGGAGACCAAUGUCUUCUUCCGGGAGAUACGGCAGAAUCAGAGCAACUCUUCAACCAUGAGCUCCGAAUCCUGCUCAAUGGAGGCAGGCCAGUUCAGCUGCAUCUCCUUCCCCAGCCAUGAGGAAGAGUUCCUACGAAACACUGUUGGGGCGGCGCCAUACAUACUCAUCCUGGGCCAAGACUGCACUGCCCGCUACCAGAUGCUGAACUGCCUUUUGGGGGAAAGACUGCUGCCCUUGGGCCCAGAGGCCGGGGAGGCAUGCGAAGGAAUCCAGGGUACAGUUUGCAAGAGGAGGAAGCUGUGUUUCACCCACGGAAGACAGACGCGACUGAGCUUGGCGCUGCCUGGGCAGUAUGAGUUGGUGCACCAGCUGGCUGCAAACUGUGGCCGCUGGGACACAGUUCCCCGUGAAGACCUUGAGAUCCAUGAGGAGUGUAAGGACCCGGCUCACCGACUUGCUGAGCUGGAGAUCACCCUGCAUCAUCCACUGCUUCAGGAAGUGAAGGUCAUGGUGAUCCCAUGUCCCAGUGUCCAGCCCAUAGAAGAAGCCCUGGAGGACUGUGUUCGCAAUGUCAUUCCCAUCAUACUGUACGCCAUCAACCAGGAGUCCCUGGGUGCGGAGCAGGUUGAGGAGCUCUGGAGGGUCAAAGAGAUGCUGCCUUUUCCUAUCUGCUUCAUCCGCAUCCCCGACUCUGGACCCACGGCGUCCCCCGACACCGGCCGGCGCUCUGAGAAGGAGAAGAGCGUGCUGCACAAGCAGCUGCUUUCUCUGGGCUUCCUCAGCGGCCCAGCGGGGAACUGCUCGUGCGGGGCUCCCUCACAGAUGCCCGUCCCCGGGGCCAAGCCUCAGAGCGUGCUGGGAGAGACCUUUGAUAGACUGCACAAGUUGCUGGUGCCGUUUGCUCGCCAGGUGCUUCAAAAUCAACAGGUGGAGGCUGCCAAUCUGCUCAACGGACUCCACUGCCGCUGUCUCGAUCUCUUCAUUAACCAGGCCUUUGAUAUGCAGCGAGACCUGCAAAUUACGCCUCGCAGGCUCGAGUACACACGAGAGAAGGAGGCCGAACUCUUCACCUCCCUCAUGAACAUCGCCAACCGUAAACAGGAAGAGAUGAAGGAGAUGAUUGUGGAGACCCUCGGGAGCAUGAAAGAGCAGUUGCUGGAGGACGCAGCCAACCUUGAGUUCACAGACAUCAUCCUGACAAACAGUGAGGCUUUUACAUCCAAGGAGAUCAAGUCGUGCAUCCACCAGAUCCAGGAGCUGAUCGUGGUGCGUCUGAACCAGGCCGUGGCCAACAAGCUGAUCAGCUCUGUGGACUAUUUGAGGGAGAGUUUUGUUGGUACUUUGGAGCGAUGUCUGAUGAGCCUGGAGAAGUCGCACCUCGAGUCCUCUGUGCACAACAACAUCACAUCCAAUCACCUCAAGCAGCUGUUGAAUGCAGCCUAUCAUGUGGAGGUCACGUUUCACUCCGGAUCAUCAGUCACUCGGUUGGUCUGGGAGCAGAUCAAGCAGAUAAUCCACCGCAUCACGUUCGUGAACCCUCCGACCAUCAGCCCAGAGUGGAAGAGGAAAGUUGCCCAGGACGCCAUCGAGAGUCUCAGCGCCGCCAAACUGGCCCGCAGCAUCUGCUCUCAGUUCAGAACCCGACUCAACAGCUCCCAUGAGGCCUUCGCAGCGUCUCUGCGGCAGCUGGAGGAAGGGCACACUGGCCGUCUGGAGCGAACCGAGGACCUGUGGCUGCGCGUGAGGAAGGACCACGCCCCAAGACUGGCCCGACUGUCGCUGGAGAGCCGCUCCCUCCGAGACGUUCUGCUGCACGGUAAACCCAAGCUGGGGCGCGAGCUGGGCCGAGGUCAGUACGGGGUGGUCUACUUGUGCGACACCUGGGGGGGGCACUACCCGUGUGCCCUGAAGUCAGUGGUGCCACCCGACGACAAGCACUGGAACGACUUGGCUCUGGAGUUCCACUACACCAGGUCGCUGCCCAAACACGAGCGGCUGGUGGACCUGCACGGCUCAGUCAUCGAUCACACCUACGGCGGCGGCUCCAGCAUCGCCGUGCUGCUCAUCAUGGAGCGGCUCCACAGAGAUCUCUACACGGGCCUGAAGGCCGGGUUGACCCUGAAGGAGAGGCUCCAGAUCGCCAUGGACGUGGUGGAGGGGAUCCGCUUCCUGCACAGCCAGGGCCUCCUGCACCGAGACAUCAAGCUGAAGAAUGUUCUGCUGGACAAGCAGAACCGAGCCAAGAUCACCGACCUGGGCUUCUGUAAGCCGGAGGCCAUGAUGUCGGGCAGCAUCGUGGGGACCCCCAUCCACAUGGCUCCAGAGCUCUUCACAGGAAAGUACGACAACUCUGUCGAUGUUUACGCUUUCGGGAUCCUGUUCUGGUACCUGUGCACCGGCUCCGUCAAGCUGCCUGAAGCCUUCGAGAAGUGCUCCAGCAAAGACCAGCUCUGGAACAACGUCAAGAAAGGUGCACGGCCGGAGCGGCUGCCCAGCUUCGACGAGGAGUGUUGGCAGCUGAUGGAGGCCUGCUGGAACGGAGACGCCUCCCAGAGGCCGCUGCUGGGCAUCGUGGAGCCCAGCCUGCAGAGCAUCAUGGAGCGACUCUGCAACCCUGGGUCGCAGCACAAGAGCGGCAGCCUGGACGACUCCAACUGAAACACUCCGGACCUGCUGACGUGCACAAGCCUGCCUGCGUAUGUGUGUGUGAGAGCGAGAGAGACGUUCACGCUCUUCGUAUUCCAGACAACGCGGGAGAACCAACCGGAACCAACCGUCUCAGUAAUUUAUGAAGACCUGACAACAACGUUUGAAUGUGUGUUAUCCUUUGUUUACUUGUACGCAAACUCCAAAAUACGUGUCGUAACUGCGUGCUCAGUACUUGGUUGUGAAAUUGUUACAGUAGAUGCAAAUAGUUUUAAAUGUAGUCCAGUAUUAUAAAAAAAAUAUAUAAAGUUUUAGAUUGUAUUUAAGCUGAAUAUGUCUGCAUCUACACGUUUUUUUAAAAUAAAAGUGUCUGUUACUGCA